AUGGCGUCUUUGAUCGAGCGAGCGGCGGCGGACUCCCGCCUGCAGUUCGCCGCAACUGCAAUCAUCUCUGGCCUCACAGUGGGCGCCCUCAUUUUUGGGUACCAAGCAUUGGACAGGGAAGAGAGGCUCUAUGAAUUGAAGCAUUCUAUACCGCCUAUUGCGGAUGGCGAACAUACGCCAGAAAAGCUCACGCAAUUCGGUGGUGUUUCCUCGACCCUUGAUAAAGAGGAUGCACGCAACGAAGCACUCGCCAAGAGGGCCCAAGCCGGUGACUUUGACGACGAGCUCAUUCUUGAACAACUCGCCCGCAAUCGCGUCUUUCUCCAGGACGAGGGCCUCAAGAAGCUACGGGAAUCGUUCGUCAUCGUGGUCGGAUGCGGUGGCGUGGGCUCUCACUGCACAGCAUCCCUGGCCAGGUCCGGUGUUUCCAAGAUCCGUCUGAUCGACUUCGACCAGGUCACGCUCAGCUCCCUGAACCGCCACGCCGUGGCAACGCUCGCCGACGUUGGCAUGCCCAAGGUGCAAUGCCUGUACCGGCGACUCAUUGCCAUUGCGCCCUGGGUCAAGUACGACCUGCGACUGCAGAAGUUUGAGGCUGGCGUCGAGGAUGAUGUCUUGUCGCCUUGGGAUGACGGCCAAAAGCCCGAUUUCAUCGUGGACGCCAUUGACAACAUCGACACCAAGGUUGCGCUGCUCAAGUACUGUCACGAUCACAAGAUUCCCGUCAUCUCGAGCAUGGGCGCCGGUGCCAAGAGCGACCCGACGCGCAUUGUCGUUGGCGACAUUGGCACCAGUACGGACGACGGCCUUUCGAGGGCGACGAGGCGGAGGUUGAAGUUGCAGGGCAUCACCAGCGGCAUCCCCGUUGUCUUCUCGACUGAGAAGACUGGCGAGGGUAAGGCCGGCCUCCUGCCCCUCGCUGAGGAGGAGUUCCAGAAGGGCAAGGUCGGCGAUCUGGGUGUCCUGCCCAAUUUCAGGGUGCGCAUCCUUCCUGUGCUUGGAACCAUGCCUGCGGUGUUCGGCUAUGUUAUUGCGAAUCACAUCAUCUUGAGUAUCACUGGCUAUCCGACAGAUUACAUCCCCGGCAAGGGCCGUGACAAGAUGUACGACAGCAUACUGGCUUUUAUCCAGAGCACGGAGGAGAAGCUUGCUCGCAUGACUGAGGGGUCCAGUGACCCUGAGGUGGCCAAGGGUCUCAAGACACCCAUUACACCCGGUGACAUUGCAUUCCUCGCCGAGGAGCUGUGGAGGGGCCGUAGUGCUGUGACUGGCAUCCCGACGAGAAACGUCCUCAUCAGGUGGCGGAAGCCGGAGGGCAAGACGAUGGUACGAAUCGGAGAGGGUGCCGAUGAACAGAAGAGCUCCGACGUGCGCCUUGGCGACUUGGUCUGCAUGACAAAGGACGAGGCGACGAGGCACGAGAAGAUGAUCCUGCGAGGAGACUCCAAGCACGAAGAUCUGUACGAUGAGUCCGUGAUUGCCAAGAUUGAGGCGAGAUUAGAAGAGGCGCGGGGGUUUGAACAGCACAGGUAA